AUGACAGAGCAGCUCGAGGCAGAGCUGCAGGCUACUGCUAGCCUCUCCCCAGUCUCACCAUCUCCUGUCCACACAGCCUCACCGCUUGUAGUGCCGGCCCUCCAGGAAACUGUCGACAAUAUAGAUGCCAUGGUGGCGGCCGUUGCCGCCGCCGAAGGCCCUGCCCCUGCCCCUGCCCCUGCCCGAGGGCAGCCCAUCGUCGGCCAUGCCGCUCACGAGAAUGGCAUCAUCCCCAAGAAGAAGAAGCAGCAGCAGUCCCAGCAGUCCCGGCAGCAACAUCCCGUUGUGCCAGUCCCACUCCCAGCUCCUCCUGGUCCCCAAGACGACAGCGACCCCCGUGAUCAAGAUAUUGUAGACGAUGACAACGAUCCAUACGGCGACGAGGCUGCCAGCACCGCUCAUAACGUCCCUGCCCCCACCACCGCAGGCGACCCCGCCCAAGAUGGGACUGACAGCGACGACUACGCCAAGAUAUUUGACUCCCCCAUCAGCCCCGGCGAGGGUGAGGAUGGGCAAGAUGACGACUUUGGCAGAAGCAUCCACGGACAAGGUCCUCAAGAGCAGCAGCAUCGGCAUCGGCCACAUCCAUCCCACAUAUCACCCCCAGGCAGCAAAGUUGCUGCAGCUGCCGCUAUCCCCAUGAGAGACAUCCCGGCAGACGUCGCCCAUUCUUCUUCGUCUGCCAUCCGGUCCAAGGCAGAUGCCCAGCGCUCCAUGGCUGCUGCCAACGGCUCAUACACCGACGGUCCGUACACCGACGGCUCCCACAGCCAAAACAGUGAAAGUACAUCCCAGCCACCACCCAUCGACCUCCAGAAGCUCGUGGCCGAUCUGUCUCUGCCAAAUCCAGACUCAUCCUCUGCAAAUACUGCUACCAUCUCGUCCGGGAAACCCGCUGCUCUCGCUGAUACUGCAGCUCCCGCAUCCCCGCAGCAGCAGUCUGCCGCGGUCCCUUCAGCUCCAUCCCCUACCUCCUCCCUCCCCCCCAGGCCGCCCCAGCCCAGCGCUCCAGCUCAGACGUAUCCUUCACAGCACCAUCCAACCGGGAGCUCAACAGUCGCCGCUUCUGCUACCGCGUCGUCCACUGACAACAUUCUGGAUGUCCAGGUCAACCCUCCUCAUGACUAUGCGCUAGCCUCUGGAUAUGCCGACGAAGCUUCUGCAGGCAAUGACUACCAGAAACGUUGGGAGAAGUUCUUGUCCGAUGAGAGGCAGUACAUGGCCGAAGCCAAGUGGGAUCGCUUCCCCGAAGGCUCUCGCAUAUUUAUAGGCAACCUGUCCAGCGAUAAGGUCUCUAAGCGAGACGUCUUUGGCCUGUUCCAUAGGUUCGGGAGGCUGGCGCAAAUAUCUCUCAAGUCUGCCUACGGCUUUGUCCAGUAUCAUACCGCCGACGAAGGCCACCAGGCCAUCGAAAAUCUGCAGGGCGCUGAGAUCAAGGGUCGUCGCAUUCACCUCGAAGUAUCGAAACUUCAAGACAAGCCCAAACGAGAGCGGGCUAGAAGUCCCGAGAAAGGCCGUGGCGGACGACGUAACGAAAAGCGUGACGACUACCGCAGUCGCAACCAUUCGCCACCGCGCCGGAACGACUACCACGAAAGCCUCGGUAGGGGCCGCGGCAGUCGAGCACGCUCUCGGUCCCCCGUGUACAGGCGCAAUAGCCGCGAUUCGUACCGCAGGAGGAGCCCCAGCCCGUCCUCUUACGGCGGUGGCGGUGGCCGCUCAUCACAUCACGAGGCCCAAUUGGACCUGCCCAAGAGGUAUGGCGCCGACGUUCCCGACGUUCAGAUACUCCUACAGCCGGACAUCAGCCGCGAGUUUGUUGUCUGGGUAGAGGACGCCUUCAAGUCCAAACGCCUCACCACCCACAGCAUGUUUCUGCACCCACACAUGCCCAAGGACCGUAUCAUUCAGCGACAGGCUGCCGAGGGCGUUCAGGCCGUCGUCGAUCUCGACAUGCGAGCCCAGAGCACGGGGAGGAUCCCCAUGCAGGCUUUUGACCGCUCCGCCGGCGGCGCUAACGUGCGCUUCCAUCAGUACGUCGACCUCGAUCCGGGAAUCGCCGCCGAGGUCAUUCUGCAGACAAAGGCGUCGUCAGCUGGGCCCGGUCCCGUUGGUUACGGGCAGCAGCCUCUCCCUUCUUAUGGCUACUCCCACGAAUACGGCGGCCCUCCGCCUCCUGGUCCUCCAGCUGCCGUUCCCCUAGUUGGCAACGCCUACGGUCAACCGGCCUACUCGGCUCAGCACCAGCAGCAACAGCAGCACCAGCAGCACCAGCAGCAGCAACAUCAGGAAAUAGCUGCCCUUCUCGGAAAGGUCGACCCCAUCACCCUGCAACAAGUCCUCGCCACUCUACAGUACCAACAGCAUCAACCUCCUCCUCAACCUACCAUGACCGGUAUCCCUCCUCCUCACAUGGGUGCUGCUACUGCUCCCCCCCAACCCGAUCUCCAAGCCAUACUGGGCUCCCUAGCCGCCCCCGUCACGGCGCCUAUCUCUUCUCCCUCAGUAUCUCGAGGUGCUCCGCUACCUCAUUCUCGUCCUCCACAACACUACUCUUCCCCAUACGGCGUGCAACAACCUCCCCCUCUUAAUGGUGGUGACGCUGCUCAGGUUCAAAAUAUCAUGGCCCAGCUUGCUAGGUACAGACAGUAA